AUGGAUUACACGGCGAAGAACGCUGAGCACGUAGAUUUUGGUGGAGAAGUGGACUACUCUGGACACCAGUGGUUCCAGGAGCCGCCUCCGAGGCCAGAGCCCCCGCCUGUGGUCGAACCAUACAUCCCAGAACAAAGCGUUAUCAUGCAAAACGAAGCAUUCGGCUUUGCACUGGGGGCAGCACCCAACGUUCUCUACGGUCGUUACAAGCAAUACGGCCAACUAGGCGUACUAGCGUGGUGUUCCGAAUUCGGAGAACUGAUCGACAGCCUGAAAGAGCUUGGGUUCCGAGGCAACAUGUUUGUCACAACACGCACGCAAGCUCUCCGCACCUGCGAAGAAAUCCUCAAACUCAAACUCGACAUCGAGAUGCAGAUCAUCUUGAUGUACCUCUCAUCGCAAGUCAUGCGGUUACGUCGCUUCCUCGAUGGGGAACGCCAAUGGAACGAUUACCCCAUGCCAAAGUUCCCGCUGCCAGACUAUCCACAGUUUGGUCCCUCGUCAUGA